CCAUAAACCCUCAAAAACCACAAAACCAAAAACACACAAUACAAAGAAGAAGUCUACAAAACUCAAAACAUUCUCAAAACAACAAUGGCGAUCAUCAGUUACUUACUUCCUCUGUUUCUUUUACUUAUCAUCAUCUCCUCUGCUUCAGCUAAUUUCCAAAGAGACGUUGAGAUUACUUGGGGUGAUGGACGUGGACAGAUCAAGAACAAUGGAGAGCUUCUCACUCUAUCACUUGACAAAUCCUCUGGCUCUGGAUUCCAAUCCAAGAACGAGUACUUGUUUGGUAAAAUCGACAUGCAAAUGAAACUCGUCCCUGGAAACUCCGCAGGAACAGUGACAACACUUUACUUGAAAUCACCUGGAACAACAUGGGACGAGAUUGACUUCGAGUUUUUGGGAAAUUCAAGUGGAGAUCCUUACACACUUCACACAAAUGUCUACACUCAAGGCAAAGGAGACAAAGAACAACAGUUCAAACUCUGGUUUGACCCGACAGCUGAUUUCCACACUUACUCUAUUCUAUGGAACCCACAAAGGAUCAUCUUCACCGUCGAUGGAACUCCGAUUAGAGAAUUCAAGAACAUGGAGUCUCUAGGCACUCUGUUCCCCAAGAACAAACCAAUGAGAAUGUACUCUAGUCUCUGGAACGCUGAUGAUUGGGCCACGAGAGGUGGUUUGGUCAAAACCGAUUGGUCUAAAGCUCCUUUCACUGCUACCUACCGUGGGUUUAAACAAGAAGCUUGUGUUUGGUCAAACGGCAAGUCUUCUUGUCCUAAUGGCUCGAAACAGGGGACUACAGGCACCAGUGGCUCGUGGUUGUCACAGCAGCUUGACUCAACUGCUCAACAAAGAAUGAGAUGGGUGCAAAGAAACUACAUGAUCUAUAAUUACUGUACCGAUUCUAAGAGGUUCCCACAAGGUCUUCCUAAAGAGUGUUUAGCUGCGUAGAGAGGAACAAAAUUUUACUUUUUCUUUUUGUUGUUGUUGCUAUAAAUUUUAUUCAUUUAUUGUAGAUCACGUGAAUUUGAUUCGUUUGUAGUAUAUCAUAUAGUUUCGUUAAAGUUAUAAAAUAUUCUCUUUAUUA